GUUGUUAACCAAGCCAUUUGUUUUGCACUGUGAAUUAGUGGGAGGAAUGUCUAUGAUUGCAAGCUCUUCGAAUAGUGAUCCUGAUUCAAGAAGCUUACAAGUGCUUCUCGAUGCUUUUGGUUCUCGUUUUUCUCUUGAUGACAUUGCUGCUGCUUAUUGCCAAGCAAGUCAGAAUGUCGAUGUAGCUGGUGAGAUUCUCUUUGCAAUGACUGAAAAGACACCUCAAUGUGACCAAGUCGAAAUGAAGAAAGAAACCUCAAAACCAAGUCAGGUCUAUGUUCCCAAGGAAGUUCGACGACAAGAGGAUAGCAAAGCCAAAGUAUGGAGGCCGAAGAGAAAUUCUAUAUCAGUUGGUACUGUUUCAAGCGUUAUCGGUAAGGACUAUGCUAGAACCAGGCCUAUAUCAAAUGCUCCCAGAGAAGCAACUAAGCCAAUGAAGAUAGACUCAAGGGAUAUUCCAGAAACUGAGAUAUGGAGUGAAGAAAUGCCAAAGAGUAACGAGGCAAAGAUAAGCAGGGCUCCAACUGAUGUGGAGGAAUUUAUCGUUAAGAUGCUUGGAGAAGGCUUUCAAGCUAGCCAAGAUGUCAUUCACCAGGUUCUUGGCGUAUGCGGAUAUGAUGUGAAGAAGAGUACGGAGAAACUGCUUGACUUGUCUGAUACCAAGAAAUAUGCUGAUGUUGGAAUUUCCAAUGAAGUUAUGUCAAAAGUUGAUCCUCAAAGACAGGGAUCUACAUCCUGCAACCAAGUGGAACUGCAAGAAUUUUCUCAGAGGCACGUUUUUCCUAAUCAAUCUUUUGAUGGAGCAAGAACCUUUACAGGUUCAGAGGAAAGGCGUAUUGUUAAGAAUGGUCUUGAAAAGGAAGUUUUAGAAGCUUUGUUCUCAGGUGCGGAAAGAUAUGUGGAAGAACCAAAAGUAACUCGACAUUUUGGAGAAAGGAGACCAAGAGUUGCUGGUCGUCCUGUUUUUAAACCUCUGGAAGACCCUUUUCAAGAGAGAGUAGUUGCUGUGAAACAAUCGUCCAAUACAUCUAAAGAAGAUGAAGACGAAAAUGAAUUUAAGGCACAUCGUAAAGCAGUACGCGAGCAUUUGAAUCAGAUGAAAGAAUAUUAUGGAGCUGCUGCAGAAGCAUUCUCCAAAGGAGAAACCGAGCGAGCACACAGACUCGUGGAGAAGGGACACUUUUUUGGACAAAGAGCUCGAGAAGCGGAUGACAAAUCUUUAGCAAAGAUUAUUGAUGUCAAGAAAGACGAUGAUUCGACUUACGAGGAGGACGAGGUAGUGACAGUGAAUGUGAAUGAACACGAAACAAAGGAAGCUCUUCGUCUUCUCAAGCGCCAACUAAAUUACUUCUCUGGCAUUUCAACUUUCAAGUACCUCAGAGUCGCAUUGGGUGACAAAAAGGAAGAUUUCAAGAGCAAACGAAAGCAUAUCGUAAAGCUGCUGGAGGGAGAAUCCAUUGCUUGGACUGAAGAAGAUAGCGGCCUCGUGAUGAUGAUUCGUGUUGAUAAGAUUGACCCCAAGAAAUUGAGUUUUGCCAAGAAAUAAGAACAACAUUGGUUAAUUCUUUUGCUUCAUUCUAUUAGAAAUUGACUGAACCGUUUGAAGCAUUAUGAUUUGUAAUGUAACCAAACAAAGAUGGAUUUUGCGG